AACUAGCUAGAAAACUACUUCUUUCUAACUCCACAUGUGGGAUUUAAAUAAUACAACUAUUUGAAGCUGUAUACUAUAAUGACAGUUGCAAGUUGCACCAUACCCCCAAUAUAACAAAUAUUUCUAGCUUCUACGGAUAUCUGGGAGAGAGAGAUGGAGGAUUGCAAGAGAGAAGCAAAGCAUAUAUUUCUUGCAAAGUUCAAAGAAGGAGUAACUGAGGAGCAAAUUGAAGAAUGCAUCAAACGGUUAAUCAGCCUUGUUGAUCUUUUUCCUUCACUCAAGGCCUUCAAUUGGGGUAAAGAGAUGGGCAUUGCAAACUUUCAUCAAGGUUUCACUCAUGUCUUUGAAUCAACAUUUGAAAGUGCGGAAGGUCUUGCUGGGUUUAUGUCUCAUCCGCAUCAUCACGAUUAUGCCAAUUUCUUGCUGCCUCAACUAGAAAAGUUUGUUGCAUUUGAUUUCCAACCCACGAAAGUCCAACCUUAAAUUAACAAGGGUAGGGUGUGACUAUAAUAUAAGGUUGUACUCUCUUUCCUUAUAAAAAAUAUCAAUUUCUAAA